UGAUAAACAAAAUUUUUAUUUGACCACCCAAAUUUACUUGAAACAACCGUAGUAGUAAAUAUGGCGGACAAUACUUUGAUAAAACUUACACUUUUGAUUUUAUAUAUGACGAGUCAUUGAUAUCUUUACCUACUCAAUAUAUAAAAUUCGGAAAAGUCUUAAAAGUUGAAACCGAUAGAAAGGGACACAAGAAACCGAAACUAUUUGUUAUUUAGUGGAGGCGCCGUACGUGGAGCUUCAUCAUCUCCAUUAUUCAGACAAAGCACAGAGAAGAAGAGGAGACAUAAGAAAAGAGAUAAACAUGAAUUUUGAGCUUGUCUUCAUCCCUUUUCUUGGAACCGGUCAUCUCAGAUCAGCAGUGGAGAUGGCAAAGCUACUAGUUGAGCGAGAGACACGCCUCUCUAUCACCGUAAUCAUCCUUCCCGGUGGCGAAGUCCGUGCUCUCUCCGCCGCACCUAACGACCGCCUCCGCUACGAAGUCAUUUCCAACGAAGAUCAACCAACCAUCGACACGACGAGGCCUGAGUUCCAUAUAGAGUGCCACGUGCCAAAGGUGAGAUGCGUCGUUGAGAAACUCGUCAACGACUACUCAGCGAAACCGGAUUCGCCGAGGGUCGCUGGAGUGGUCGUAGACAUGUUUUGCACGUCGAUGGUAGAUGUGGCGAACGAGUUUGGUGUUCCGAGCUACUUGUUUUACACGUCGAGCGCAGGGGUUCUCACACUUAGAUUUCACAUCCAGAUGUUGUACGAUGACAACAAAUACGAUGUGAGUGAAAGUGAUUACGAGGACUCUGAAGCUGUGCUGGACGUUCCUAGUCUGACUCGUCCUUUUCCGGUGAAGUGCCUUCCUCACGCUUACGCAUCUAAGCAAUGGCUCCCGACGUUUGUAAACCAAGCAAGAAGAUUCAGAGAGAUGAAGGGUAUUUUGGUAAAUACAAUUGCUGAGUUGGAACCUUGUGCGUUAAAGUUUCUAUCGAGUGGUGGUGAUACUCCUCCAGCUUAUCCAGUUGGACCACUGUUGCAACUCGAAAACGGAGAUGGAGCUGAGAAACAAUCAGAGAUUUUAAUGUGGCUUGACAAGCAACCAAAUAGAUCAGUAGUGUUCCUCUGCUUCGGGAGCAUGGGAGGAUUCCGUGAGGAACAAGCAAGAGAAAUCGCGGUAGCGCUGGAACGAAGCGGCCACCGUUUCUUGUGGUCUCUCCGUCGGGAAUCUCGUAAUAUAUUCAAAGAACCUCCGGGGGAGUUUACGAAUCUUGAAGAAGUUCUCCCGGAAGGGUUCUUUGAUCGGACAAAGGAGAGAGGGAAAGUGAUCGGAUGGGCUCCUCAGGUGGCCGUGCUAGCUAAUCCGGCGGUUGGAGGUUUCGUCACUCACGGCGGGUGGAAUUCGAUCCUCGAGAGUCUUUGGUUCGGUGUUCCAACGGCGCCAUGGCCGUUAUACGCAGAACAAAAGUUCAACGCCUUUGAGAUGGUGGAGGAGCUUGGAUUGGCAGUGGAGAUAAGAAAGUAUUGGCUAGGAGAUCUAAUGGGGGGAACGAAGAUGGGUUUGGUGACGGCAGAGGAGAUAGAGAGAGGAAUCAUGUCUCUAGUGGAACAUGAUAGUGACGUGAGGAAGAGAGUAAAGGAGAUGAGCGAGAUUUGUCACGUAGCUUUAAUGGAUGGUGGAUCAUCUCAAACUGCGUUGCAAACGUUUAUUAGAGACGUUAUGAAUAAUAUAACUUAACAUGUGAUAGCUAGGAGAAUGGUGCAUGCAAACGCUCUUGAAUGAUAAAAUCCUUUGAGAAAAUAUUAUUUCUUGCGUUUGUGAUGCGCAAGAACAUAUUGUUUUCAUUGUCGGCCACUGCCUAAUUAAUUGUGGUUUUGUCUGACGCGA